AUGCUGGAACAGUCGACCCUCUUUCGCAAGCAUUUCGACACCGAUGAUCCCGACAAGAUUAACGAGAUAUUGGAAGAGGAAUUCCGGAAGGUACAGACUGGACCAGUGCAAGAAUGGGUUAAGAUGACUUUACCAUUUUAUGCGCCUGAUCCCUCUCUUCCUUCCAUACCUACUCCAGAAGAGAUUGAGGAGUCUCGAAGCGGGGAAUACACUAGAUCAGAUAAGGCGUGGUUCUUGGGGAUCGGUGGGAGUCAUGUGUAUCGCGUUAAGGGGGUGUACGCUGUUAAAUUCUCUGCUAGUAACUCCCUUAUGCAGGAAGCAGAAAACCUGUUGUUCCUCCAGGACUAUAAAGUUAGGACACCGAAGAUCUACGCGGCAUUCUCUCAUCAAGGAGCGGAUCCUCUCGGCCUAACUAUUGGAGCAUCAGGUAUGGAGCCCAAAGACCGCUCCCAGCUUCCCACGUUUCAUUAUCUGGUUAUGGAAUAUCUAGACGGCAUCACUCUUGACGAGAAGAUGUGGAAAAACAUCGAGCCCAAGGCUAGAGUAAAGAUUUACGAAAAGCUUGCCGAACAACUACGACUACUUCGCUCUAUCCCACCCCCCGGUCAGAGCUACUACGGCCGUGUGCAUUACCAGGGAUACGACCCUGUUUGCAAUAUGGUACGAUAUCGAAUGAACAGUCUGGUUGGCCCUUUCGACACUUAUGAAGCCUUUCUACAGCAAGUGUAUAACACUCUUGAGAUCAAUCUUAUCAGGCGACUGAUCUUUCGUCCGGAGAUCUACCCAGAUAUGCACCUAUUCACCUCUAUUUUCCACGACUGCUUCGACAAAACAUCUAAGGGCGGGGAACCUAAACUCUCGCACAUGGAUCUCAAACUCGAUAACAUGAUGCUAGUACCGUCGGCAUCAAAUUCAUCAUCGGACCGAAUCGAAGACUACGAUUUCUACUUAAUCGACUGGGAGAUGAUGUGCUGGUUGCCGGCUUGGGCAGAAAUUGCAGGAGGAUCGGUGCGCCUUCCACAGGAUGGGCAUCACAAUCUAGUCAUGUGGGAGAUGUCUAAAGGGAUCAAGCCAUUUCCUUAUGCUGAAGCAAAUUUCUAUCGUGAGUGCGCCCACGCACUUGGAGGAUCCUUGUGCAACCAACAGAACGGGGCACCGCAACUGGGAGUGCCCUCCAACUCUGGUACUCUAACCGUGUUUGUUCGGCUAUGA